AUGAAAGCAUUGGAUUGGGACUUAAACGUGUCAGAGUUACAGUUCAGUUUGCUCAAGGCCAGCUUCGAAGAAACUGUCGAUCCACGGAGCCGAAUUUGCUCUCUGAUACGCAGCAGUUACGACCCGCCGACAUUAAGAAGGGCAGAUGCAAAGGCAGGUGAUGAGUUUAGUCAACACUUGAUUGAAUCUGCUUCGGAACAGGAAACAUUGGAUAGAUCAUGUCAGACUGGCUUCCUCUUUACAGUAAUUGAGUCUCACCUAGCAAGCGAUGUCUAUAGGUCGGGCGAGGAGGAAAGGAUAACACACCUUAUCUACAAUACGCAGGUUCGAAGGGAGGCUACUCCCAACACCACUCAACAUCCACCGGACUUUGACAGAAACGCUUCACUCAAUACUGAGCUUUACGAAACCUCUCACAGUGGGGAUUGGGAGAACGAGGUCGAUAUUAUUGGAGUAUCAUAUGUAGACGAUCCUAACUCGAGAAAGCUAGUUGUGACUAUUAUGUCACGAAGCACUAAUAAGGAGGAGACUCUGGAUAUGGAGCUGAUUUAUAAGAAAUGCCCACAGAAGGUAAGGUAUUCUUAUUUAUAA